AUUUUAUCUCGUUCUGUUCGGUUAUCACUGCAGCUGUGGUUUUUGACUCGCAGGUUAUUUCUGUUCCUACAGUUUCAACCUUGGACUUUUGACACCAGUUUUCAGAUCUAAGAAGCACCCCUCCUUUCACCCUGUUCUUCAACGGUCAGGACCCCCACAGGACCACCACAGAGCAGAUAAACGUUAGCAGAAAUGGGUGAGUGGGGAAUCCUCUCCAAGCUGCUGGACAAGGUCCAGUCCCACUCCACCGUCAUCGGCAAGGUGUGGAUGACCGUGCUCUUCGUUUUCAGGAUCAUGGUCCUAGGAGCCGGAGCGGAGAAGGUCUGGGGGGACGAGCAGUCCAAGAUGGUGUGCAACACCAAACAGCCCGGCUGUACCAACGUCUGCUACGACCAGGCCUUCCCCAUCUCCCACAUCCGCUUCUGGACAAUGCAGAUCAUCUUCGUGUCCACGCCGACGCUCAUGUACCUCGGACACGUCCUGCACAUCGUCCACAAGGAGAAAAAGAUCAGGCAGCACCAAGCCGAGCACCAGGGCGGCAAGCAGCCCAAAUACACCAACGACAGAGGGAGGGUGGAAAUCAAAGGUGACCUGUUGGCCAGCUACAUCACCAGCGUGAUCUUCAAGAUCCUGCUGGAGGCCGCAUUCAUAGUGGGUCAGUACUACCUGUACGGCUUCGUGAUGGUUCCCGAAAUCAGGUGCACCCGAUACCCGUGCCCCCACACCGUCGAGUGCUUCAUGUCACGGCCCACAGAGAAAACGGUCUUCAUCAUCUUCAUGCUGGUGGUGUCGUGUGUUUCUCUGAUGCUGAACGUAAUCGAGGUGAUAUAUCUGAUUUGCCAAAGAUCCAAGAAACAACAGGGCAGGAAGUACUGAGGGUCCUCUGGGGGUAAUUUUUGGACAGGUCUGAAAUGGAGGACUAUAUAAACACAAAGACGUUCUGUGAUAAAUAAAACGAUGUUGUGUGCUUGAUCUGUGCAGAUACCCCAGCAUUCAGGGUUGAGCAGUUACACAAUACAAGCACACUGUACAGCCGAGUUAGGUGUUUUAUUCACACCAUCACUAUCAGGUGUAUAAAAUCAAUCAUAUAAGAUCAAUCGUUUGAUUUAAUGUUGAUGGUAACAGUGUUUCUCUUCCAGCAUGACUCCCGUGUUUGAUAGUAGUUUUAUGAGUCUGAUGUGAAGGAACUUCAGGGACCUGCAUUCAGGAUAUUCCACAAGUGCAUGGUCAGAUAGUAAAUACACACAUUUUUCAGCAAUGUGUGCAGUCUUAACCCAUAACCCUAAACCUUAACCCUAAACCUUUAACCAUAACCCUAAACCUUAACCCAUAACCCUAAACUUUAAAUCAUAACCCUAAACCUUAAACCAUAACCCUAAACCUUAACCCUAACCUAACUUUAAAUCAUUUUACUGCUAGUUAUACCAUGUACCUGUAUGUGACAAAUAAAACUAUAAAACUGAAAUUGAAUCAGAAACCAUUACCCCUCACCCUACACCCUAAUCUUUAACCUUAACCAUAAUUCUUAACCCUAAUCUUUAAAUCUAACCCUAACCCUCAUCUUUAACCCUAGCCCUAAUCUUUAUCUCUAACCCUAACUAUGAAGCCUAAUAUUUAUCUCUAACCCUAAUCUUUAACCCUAACCCUAAACCUUAAUCUUUAUCUCUAACCCUAAUCUUUAUCUCUAACCCUAAUCUUUAUCUUUAACCCUAACCCUUAACCCUAAUCUUUAACCCUAACCCUAAACCCUAAUCUUUAUCUCUAACCCUAAUCUUUAUCUCUAACCCUAAUCUUUAACUUUAACCCUAACCCUUAACCCUAAUCUUUAACCCUAACCCUAACUCCUAACCCUAAACUUUAACCCUAAUCUUUAACCCUAAUCUUUAACCUUAACCCUAACUCUUAACCCUAAUCUUUAAAUCUAACCCUAACCCCAAUCUUUAAUGCUAAGUUUUAACUUUAACUCUUAACCCUAAUCUUUAUUGCUAACCCUAACACCUAACUUAAUCCUACGUCUUGACUCUAACACUGAACCCUAGACCUUAACCUUAAUCCAAACCCUAAAUCCUAAACAAUAUUUUGUAUUUAAAAAAAAGUGUAAAACAUGAUAAUAAAUAAAGAUUUUUAUUUAUACUUUUA